AUCAUUUGUUCGUCCUUACCGAAGAAAAGUGAGAAGAGUACAACAGUCGUGAUCAGCCAUGGCUUACAAUCUCGAGACCUUAAUCCAAACUGUGGAACCCAUCCUCAACCCCCAUCCUCACCACCCAUGGCUACUUCGUCCCGUUCACAGACCCCAACUCCAAUCCCUAAUCGAUAAGGCCCGUAGCUUAGCUCAACUUUUCGAGAAUUGCUUACCCACCAUGGCCAUGGACGCAAGAGUUGCAGAUCUCGAAGCUCGAAUCAGAGAUGCAGUCUACGAAGCCGAAGAUGCAAUCGAAUUUCACUUCGUCGAUCAAUUACGUGCUAGCAGACUACGCCAGAGGUUCGAGAUCUCCCUCCCCAAUCUGCAAAACAUAAUUAGGGAUUUCGAUUUGGUUAGAGAGGAAAUAAUGAAAUUGAUCGAUGGAAGUCAGAAGAUGAACAAGAACAACCCUAGUCCAUCAUCAUCAUCAGUUCCUGCCUCGCCUGCAAAUCCUGAGAACACCAUCGAGGGCUUAAGCAACGAACUGAUUAAACUGAAGGAAAAGCUCACCGGACAUGAAAAGAAGCUCGAGAUCAUCCCAAUCGUAGGUAUGGGCGGCAUUGGUAAGACUACUCUUGCUAGGAAUUUAUACGAUGAUCCUUUAAUUGUUUCUCACUUCGAUAAAUCUGCUUGGGCUACAGUAUCUCAGGAUUAUGAUCUGAAUAAACUUCUGUUAGAUCUUCUGCAGAGUGCUACAGGAGAUUUAUCUAAUGAAAUUUGUAGGGAAGGAAUUCAUAAACUUAUUUUGCGAUUAUAUCAAAUGUUGUAUGGCCGUAGAUACCUAAUUGUGCUCGAUGAUAUAUGGAGUUCGAAAGCUUGGGACGACUUGAAAACUUGUUUCCCGGACAACGGGCAAGGAAGUCGAGUUGUAGUGACAACGAGGGAGCUUAGUUUAGCCAAUUAUGUAGCUUCAGAAAUCUUGCAUUGUCGUAUGAAUUUACUCGACGAUGAUCAAAGUUGGAACCUUCUUCGUAGAAAGGUGUUUAGAGAAGAAAAUUGUCCGACAGAAUUAGAAAUCGUCGGGAAAAAAAUUGCAGGGGAUUGUUCGGGGCUGCCCCUUGCGAUUCAUGCGGUCGGGGGAGUUCUUGUGCGCUUAGAUAGGUGUCGAGAAUCUUGGGAAAGUGUUGCGGAUGAUGUAAGAUUAGUUGUGGCUAAUGAAAACGAGCAUUUCUCGAGUAUUCUGUCGUUGAGCUAUAAUCAUCUGCCGUAUUAUUUAAGACCGUGUUUUCUUUACAUGAGCGCUUUUCCGGAGGAUUUUGAGGUCAAGCGGUCGAAUCUCAUUAGGUUGUGGGUGGCGGAGGGGUUUGUGAAACCGAUAUUAGGUAAAAGUUUGGAAGAGGCCGCGCAAGUUUACUUGCAAGAACUCGUCGAUAGAAAUCUAUUGUUGGUUUGUCGAGAAGAGAUUAAAGGGCGCGUGAAAAGCUACAUGAUGCACGAUAUGAUGAGGGAAUUGUGCAUUCGAAAGGCUCGGGAAGAGGAUUUUCUUUUUCCUUCUAGAAGCUCGACCGACGAUAUUUCUCCCGAGGAAAUGCUGCAGUCGCGUCGCCUGAGUGUUCAUAGUCGCCUUUGCGCUAACCGUAUUGCAAAAUCAAGAAAGUUGAGAAUCGUGAAUCGUACUAUGAUGUGUUUCAUUCGUAGAUGGAGCAGUUACGAGAGUGAAUUGAGUUUUUCCGAAUCGCGAGCGCUUCGGGUUUUAAGCGCGGAAGAAGUUAAGGUGUCGAAUCAAGACAAGAGAUUAAUGAACUUGAGGUACUUAUCUUCGGAUAUCGAUUUAGAUUUAGGGGGUAAUCUUCGCGCGCCGUUUUAUAAUCUACAGACUUUAAUUAUCAAAAGAAAGCCUGGGGUUACAACUUCAUCGCUUAUUGGCAGCAACGUGACAUGGUGCUUAAUGAAUAUGCCACGGUUAAGACAUGUCAAGUUCAUCGAUACUUCUAUGACAUUAAAUUCUCCGGGCGAGGACGAGGUUGUUGUUCUAGAGGAUUUGCAGACACUCUCCCCUGUAGUCAUUAACGAAACCUUUCCGAGGGUUCUUAAAUUGUUUCCGAAUCUAAAGAAGUUGGGAAUUCGGAGGCAUGGUGAACUCGUGAUCGUCUCUACGAUAGAUCUUAACUAUUUGAGUAAGCUCGAAACACUGAAAUGUUUAUGCGAUUUGGGCACAGAAGCGCCGUCAAUACUCUCCCUCCUCGUCUUCCCACAUUCGCUGAAGAAGUUGAUACUUUAUCAAUGUUCGAUCCCUUUGGAUUAUUCGGACAGGAUUGGGGAAUUGCCGAAUCUUGAGAUUCUGAACCUAAGUUCGUGUCUGUUCGAGAGCCAAACGUGGGAGGUGGGCAAGGGGGGUUUUGGCCGGCUGCGGAUGCUGCGGCUGCAUCGCGUGGAUAUGGUUACGUGGCGCGCCGACGAGAGACAUUAUCCGAGACUCGAGCAACUCGAUAUUCGGAAUUGCUUUAGGCUUGAGGAGAUCCCUUCGGGCAUCGGAGAAAUUCCGACAUUGCAGAUCAUCAAUGUGCAUAAAACAAUGAGUCCAUCUGCAGUAGAGUCGUUAAGGAGAAUCCAAGAGGAGCAGCUUGAAUAUGGGAACAGCUUGCAAGUUCGAUUCUUCCUUUGAAUAGUCGGGAUCGAUAGUCUACGUUGUGUAAACAACUUAAGUGUGAUUUUUCCUGUGAAAUAGUUUGAAAUGAUUUUUCCUCGUUCAA